CCCGCAGCCGCGGGAGGACGGGGCGCGGCUUCCCGAGAGCCGGGCUCGGCUCGCCCGGCGGCGGCAGCUGCUGCGCCCUGGGGGCGGGGAGCGGGCGCUGGGGGGCCUGGAGCGGAGCGGCGGCGGGAGCCCCGGCCUGGCAGCGCGGCUUCAAGUUUCCACCGGCGCGUGGUUGUGCAACCGCCAGAGGAGCGGGAGCCGCGGGCGCCUCGGAAAACAAGCCGAGCCCAUAAACAAAGCCACGUGGGCUCGGGCGGGGGGGCCGGGCCAGGAGCAGGCGGCUCUUCCGGCAACAAAGGGCCGGAGCCAGCGGCCCGGGAUAAAUACUGCGGCCGCGCUGGCCGCGCAGCACUCCCGCCCGCCCCGCGCGCCCUGCGACCCUCCCCAGCGCCGCGCCCUCUGCGAGCACAGGACCCGGCUCCGCAGCCCCGAGCCCUCCACCCGCUUCCCUGCAGCCGCGCCCUCGCCGGCCCCGGCCCCCGGAGCACCCGCCUGGGGCGACAGUUCCCCGAGGCCGUCCAGCCGGUACGGUCCAUCAGUCCGCCGAGUCCGUCGCGUCGUCCCCGGUGCCAUGCCAUUCCUCGGGCAGGACUGGCGGUCCCCCGGGCAGAGCUGGGUGAAGACGGCCGACGGCUGGAAGCGCUUCCUGGAUGAGAAGAGCGGCAGCUUCGUGAGCGACCUCAGCAGUUACUGCAACAAGGAAGUCUACAACAAGGAGAAUCUUUUCAACAGCCUGAACUAUGAUGUUGCAGCCAAGAAGAGAAAGAAGGACAUGCUGAAUAGCAAAACCAAAACUCAGUAUUUCCACCAAGAAAAAUGGAUCUAUGUUCACAAAGGAAGUACUAAAGAGCGCCAUGGAUAUUGCACUUUGGGAGAAGCUUUCAACAGGCUGGACUUCUCGACAGCCAUUCUGGAUUCCAGAAGGUUUAACUACGUCGUACGGGUAAGUCUCUGA